AUCACAAUAACAAAAUUCAGAUUUAUUGUGUAUUUGUGUUGUGCUCAUAACAUUUUGUUGUGGUUUUGUAGUCAUCGUAGGUACUCGUAGGCUCUUUUGACAGCAGGUUUAUUCAAUAAAAAUGAUUUGAAAUCACAAAAUUCGUUCUCAGAAAGAAAUUGCGUAGACUAUAAUUUUCAAAUGCUCGCCCCGUCUUUGGACACUUUAUCCAAAAAUAUGGAAUGUGAAGAGCAGUCUUCUAUCAGUUUGUUGGACAUUGUAAUUAAAUGGAAUGGUAACGAUUACGAUGUAAAAAAUUUGAAUACAAACAGUGAUGUGAAAACGUUGAAAGAAGAAAUAUUUAAAUGUACUGGCGUGAGGCCAGAAAGACAAAAACUUAUCAACUUAAGAAUUUCAGGUAAAAUGGCUCCAGAUGAAUGUUUGUUGAAUACAAUAAAUAUUAAAUCAGGUACUAAAAUUAUGAUGGUUGGUUCAAAAGAAGAAGAUAUUGCAGAAGCUAGUGUGGUUCCACCUAAAAGAGAAAAAGGCAGAAAAUGUAAAAGCUAUGAUUCAGAAGAGUUUGAUGAAGAACGUGUUGAUAAAAUGGAAAUACAUUUAGCUAAAGUUCAAAAUAGGGUUGAUAAUUAUGAGAUUAAAAUGCUCAAUGAUCCUAGACCUGGUAAAAAACUUUUGGUUCUUGAUAUUGAUUAUACUCUGUUUGAUCACAGAUCAGCAGCAGAAAGUGGAAUAGAACUUAUGAGACCAUAUUUACAUGAUUUUUUAGAAUCUGCCUAUGAACAUUAUGAUAUCGUAAUUUGGUCAGCAACUGAUAUGCGUUGGAUAGAACGUAAAAUGGCUGUUUUAAAUGUAGCCAAUAAUGCUGCAUAUAAAAUAAUGUUUUACUUAGAUAAUGCUGCAAUGAUUACUGUACAUACUCCUAAGUAUGGAGUGGUUUCUGUAAAACCAUUAGGUGUAAUAUGGGGUAAGUUUCCAGAAAACUAUAAUAAACAUAAUACAAUUAUGUUUGAUGAUAUCCGUCGAAACUUUUUGAUGAAUCCAAAAAAUGGUCUGAAGAUUCGUCCAUUCAGAGAAGCUCAUCUGAAUUGGGAAAUGGACAAAGAGUUAUUACAUUUGUCUGUGUAUUUAUAUGAAAUUGCCAAAGUUGAUGAUUUUUCCAAACUUAAUCACAGAAAUUGGGAAAAAUUUAUUAAGAAAGCACAAUAUAAAAAAGAAAAACGACAUAAAAGAGAUAGAACUGACAACAAUGAACCUAAACCGCCUGAUUCUCAACCGAAAUUGUGAUGUAUCUAAUGAUAAUAUGUAUUUAUAUAUUUUGAACUAAAUAAGAAAAUUUUAUUGUACAGCUAAUUUUUUUAUGAUAAUUUAAUACAAUAAAUUUAAUUUGGCUAAUAUAUUUUAUUAUGCCUCACAAA